UUAUGAUUGUGCGCUCUCCAAUUUUUGGAGUCUUGAUUUAAAAGAGGAAGUGAGUGUGCGUGAAAAGAUGCGCAGAAAUGAAUGUGAAAGAACGAAAACUGGAGAACUGGGAGGAUUUCACUAGCACUAUUGACAUCGCUUGAAUUCACGUUGAAAGCUUUUAAAGUAGCAAUGUGGGAAUGAAAAGUGCAUUCCUUUAAAAAUGCCACCUGUCCCAGAGAACAAAGAAAAUAAGCAUCCAGACAGCCUGGGAGCAGUUGAAACUCCACAGUUUAUUGUAAUGCAGAGUAGCUCGGACAGCGAAGAUGAGCAGGAAGAGUUUGGUGGGUACCAGCUGCUUUCUCAAGAUCCAGAUGGCCCAUUGAACAGUCCUAACCUCCAAACUGGUUCUGAUGAGGAUGCAGAGGAUGAAAGCCAAGAUGGCGUAGGUGGCACCAGUGACGCCAUAGAUGCUGUUAUCAUGGAGCAGGUGGAGUCCGAUGAUUUCACACAGUUAGCAGCUCAGUCUCAUCCAUACCAGAGUGACUCGGAUACAGGUUGGGCAAAUUUUAAUGAUGAAGAAAAUGUUUGGAGUCAACCUCGAGAAACUCAGUUCACUAUGGACAAAGAGCAUGUUGACCAGAUCAAGAAUGCCAUGUCUACCUUUUCUCUCCCAAGCACUAGCCAGCCUGACUGGGCAAAAAAGAUUCCAGAAGAAGAAUGGAAGGCCAAACUGGUGGCCAAAUUACAAAACAAAACUUUUGACACACAGAAAAUUUCACGUAAAGAUGACUCUGCCAGCUGACACACACACACACAAACAAAAAGGAUCACCGAUUUUUAACAUGUAUUCUGGAGACUUAUUCAACUAAGACAUGUUGCAUGUUGUCCAGAUGCAUUUCUCAGCUGUAUACUAGUAAUUCUUUGCAGAUAUUUACGUGAUAUGGACGUAGUUCUGUAAUUGCAAUUCUAGGUCAGAAACAAGACAAAAUCAGGCAUACCAUUCCCAUGUAAAUGUGUUUCAAAUUUCAGUAUAAAAAGGCAUAUUACUUUUGCUCUGGUUAACCAAAUGUAAAAUUUGCUAUGGACCUGCAUUCAACAUGCAGCCUUGGAAAAUUUGUUGAAUAAAUGAACUGACCAUUUUUGUGGCCAUUUGGUGGAUGAUAUCACUA